GCAGGGAGCGCAGGGUGCGCGCCGCGGGGAGCGAACAGCAGAUUGCGGGCAGCCAAUGGCGAGGGCAAGCCGAGGUGGCACCAAAUUUCCCGCAACCAAUCAGCUCGCGAGGGGGAGGGAGGGGGAAAAAAAAAGGAAAGAGAAAAAAAAAAAAAAACGCAGCCAGGCAUCAUGAGAGAGCCUGGCCCUCGUCAUCCUCCUCUUCCUCAGCAUCCUUCCUCCCUCCCGCCCCUCUGCCCGCUCCGCCCCGCCUCUCCCCCCGGCUACGCCGAGAGCCGGGUCCCCGCCGCGAUUCGCCGCCCUCCGCGCUGACCCCGCGCAUCCCAGCCGCGGGUAGGGGGUCACCGGGAGGCCGGGGCGCGCAGAGCCCGGCCCCGCCAGCCGCCGAGCGAGCAGCCCCCCUUAAAUACCUCCGCACCCGCCUCCGCGAGCCGCACAGCUCGCCGAGCGAGGAGCCGACCAGAGCCAGCCUCUCGCCAGCGCCGGGGACCUGAGCUGCGCGCCCGCGUACCGCCGCCGAGGAGCCGAGACAGGGCGGCCCCAUGCCUGCGCACUUGCUGCAAGAGGAGGAGUUCUCCUCCACCUCCAGCACCACUGCUGUUGGCACAGUCACCUCCCGGGUGACCAAGAAUGGAAAUGCCGUCGUGGAGAAGGACUUACUCAAUCAUGAGGACUUGGCAGGAGACCGGGGCAUGAUGGAUGAUAUCUUUGAUGAGACCUACCAGGAGAAAGAGGGCCCCAAGCCCCCUCUGAGAUACGUCUGGAGGAAUAUCAUCCUCAUGAGCCUGCUGCACCUAGGGGCCCUAUUUGCGUUGACACUGAUACCUUCUGCGAAGAUCCAGACACUGGCAUGGGCUGUUCUGUGUUUCGUGGUGAGUGCUCUGGGGAUCACAGCUGGAUCUCACCGCCUCUGGAGUCAUCGGUCCUACAAAGCCACGCUGCCCCUGCGCAUCUUCCUGACUAUUGCGAACUCCAUGGCCUUCCAGAAUGACAUCUAUGAGUGGGUCCGGGACCACCGUGUCCAUCACAAGUUCUCUGAAACAGAUGCAGACCCACACAAUGCCAUGCGGGGCUUCUUCUUCUCCCACAUUGGCUGGCUGCUUGUGCGCAAGCACCCAGAUGUCAUCGAGAAGGGACAGAAGCUGGACCUGAGUGACAUAAAAGCUGACAAAGUGGUGAUGUUCCAGCGCAGAUACUACAAGCCCUCAGUGGUGUUGCUGUGCUUCACACUGCCAGCUGUAGUGCCCUGGUACUUCUGGGAUGAAUCCAUCGUCAUCAGCUUCUUCAUUCCAGCCAUCCUGCGCUACACCCUAGGGCUCAAUGCCACUUGGCUAGUGAACAGUGCUGCUCACAUGUUUGGCAACCGGCCGUAUGACCAGAACAUCAACCCGCGGGAAAACCCCCUGGUCAGCCUGGGGGCCCUAGGAGAAGGCUUCCACAACUACCAUCACACCUUCCCCUAUGACUACUCCACCAGUGAGUUUGGCUGGCGCUUCAACUUAACUACAGCCUUCAUUGACCUCAUGUGCUUCCUGGGGCUGGCCAGCGAUCGCAAGAAGGUCUCCAAGGAGGUCAUCCUGGCUCGGAAAAUGAGGACUGGAGAUGGAAGUCACAAGAGUGGCUGAGUUCCUGCUACCUUUCACACAC